UUGUAGAUGCAGUCGGUCAGCAGAGAAGGCAACUCUACAAUGGCAAAGAAUACGAUUACGUGUUUAGUGUCGAUAUUGGCGACGGAAUACCUCCGUUAAAACUUCCUUACAAUAUUACCGAAAACCCAUAUCAAGCAGCUCAGCAAUUUAUUUGGGCUAACAGCUUGCCUCAGUCAUACUUGGAUCAAGUAGCGAAUUUCAUUCGACAAAAUACGACGGGUGCGUCAUUAGGAGCGGGAUCCGGAAACGUUGAUCCUUAUACUGGCACAUCAAGAUAUACUGCUGCCGAAACUUCAACCAGUUCUACCAGCAGUGCUCCGGGUCGUAUCGCUGCCGGAAUUGAUCCAUGGACGGGAUCGACCACCUCGGAAAAGGCUGCAGCAUCAGAUCCAAUUAUUCCCUGCAAAAAAUUUAUGACUUACGAACAAGCCAAUCUACCGCCAAUCCUCAAGAAGAUACAACAGUUUAGCGCGGAUUUACAACCUCAAGGUCUAAAUCUAACAGCCGAGGAAACGAAAUCUUUAGAAGUGUUAAUCUCGUAUCUCCAAGAUUCAUCCAAUAGUCAAAACAAUGCAAAAGAACGGCAAGAAGGAUUAUCAGUUAUAAAAAAGAUAAUGACCUCUUGGCCUUACGAGAAGCGAUUUCCAGGUCUCGAUUUAUUCCGUCUUCAUGUUAUACGAGAUCCAAUCCCUGUCACUAGUUCGGACGAAUCGAUACUCCAAUUAGUGUACGACGCCGUUGAUUUUGAAUCAUUCUCAAAAAAUGUUUCUGCUACCAAAGAACAAGAAAUUAAUUUAACAAUGGGUCUGAGAACCAUUGCCAACCUGUUUGAGACAAAAAUCGGAAGAGAAAUACUAACAAACAAGGGAUCGUCUGUAUUGGACAAGAUAUUUCCAACGUGGAACUAUAUUUCAGGCAAGGGUGUACGACUUGCGCUGAUCACUGUCUUACUCAAUUAUUCCGUAGCAUAUCUGGAAAGGCCUGAUGAAGACGCAAUGCUCCAAAUGAUAGCAGCAAUUAUUGAGAUCCUGGAAUCUACGGCUGAUCCUGAAGCAAUUUACCGGACGAUCGUGACACUGGGCACGCUGAUUAGCAAAAACCAGGCAGCUAAAGAAGCAACUAUAAUGCUGGGUGCCGAGAAAGCCAUUCAGCGCGUGUCAGCAAAAGUCUCUGACGACAAGGUUCAGAGCGUGAUUGGUGAGUACCGCGUAUUCUAUUUAUGGCUGAUAAACCAAGUUAACCUUACUUCUCAUUAG